UCCACUGCGAUUUUGAAGCCACAAAAAUGAGUUUUUUUCGAUUAAAUAAUUUUUUUUGUUCACAUUUAAGUCAGGACAAGAAAGGGUUAACGGAAUUUAAAAACUUUCCGCGUAGUUGUACAUUCCGCGGACACUUCCGCAGACAAUCUUUGAAAAUUCCGUAGAGACUUUUCCAUUGGUGGUGACACAUGCGUCAUUGGGAUUCACUUAAAAAUGACUUAUGAAAAAAAAGUCAAGGAGUAAAAUUUUUCUAAUACGUGGAAAAUUAUCAAACGUGUCAAUGUAGUUAGUCAUUAUAAAACAAUAAAUAGGUGCAAGGGAUUACAAGGUGAUAAAAAGUGUACAAGUUGCAUUUGAAGUGAACAAUUUAGAGGGGGUGCGAAAAGAACGGGCAACCGCAUUAGUUCAGUGAAGCAAAAAAAAAAAAAAAACAGAAUGAAUGCUCCGAAUCAAAGUCAAUGUCGGCGACUAUAUUUCAUAGGAUUUAUGGUACUUCUCAAUGCAAUAUGUACGACGAAUGGCUUCUACCUGCCAGGCUUGGCCCCCGUGAACUACUGCAGACGUGCCGACAUGACGGGAUCGUGCGUGUCGGAAGUGAAGCUUCAAGUUAACCGACUCAACACCGAGGAGUCCGUAAUUCCGUAUGAGUACCAUCACUUUGACUUCUGCAGUGCAGACGAAACAGAUUCACCAGUGGAAAAUCUGGGGCAAGUGGUCUUUGGUGAAAGGAUACGCCCUAGUCCCUACAAAAUUGAUUUCUUGAAGGAUGUCCAGUGUGCUGCGGUUUGCACGAAAACCUACACAGGUGGUGAUCCAGAAAGUGACCGGAAGUUGAUGAUUCUCAAGAAGGGAAUGAGCCUUAACUACCAGCAUCACUGGAUUGUUGACAAUAUGCCCGUAACGUGGUGCUAUCCACUUGACAAUGAGCGUCAAUACUGCAGCACCGGAUUCCCCAUGGGAUGUCUUGUCCGAAGACGUUCAGAUGGUGAUGAAGGAUGUCCCAUGAAUUUGCGUUACAACAAUCCUGGACACUACUACCCAUUCAAUCAUGUAGAUCUCACGAUAACCUACCAUAGUGGUGCUACGGAGGAAUGGGGUGUGGGCUUCAGAGAAAAUGGCGGUAGAAUAAUUUCAGUUAAGGUUGUUCCAUCCUCAAUUAACCAUCGCAAUCCCAGUGCUCCAGAUUGCAGUAGCAAGGAACCCCUGGAGAUUGAGGCGAAUGCUCUUGCUGCAGGUCAGAAGAUAAACAUCACGUACACGUAUUCAGUGAAAUUCAUGCCCAAUGACACCAUCAAGUGGUCUUCGCGAUGGGACUACAUUCUAGAAUCUAUGCCACACACAAAUAUCCAGUGGUUCAGUAUUCUCAAUUCCCUCGUGAUUGUCCUUUUCCUCUCGGGUAUGGUGGCCAUGAUAAUGCUACGAACACUCCACAAAGACAUUGCACGGUACAACCAAAUGGAAUGUGGUGAAGAUGCCCAAGAGGAAUUUGGAUGGAAGCUCGUGCAUGGAGAUGUCUUUCGGCCACCGCGAAAAGGGAUGCUUCUCUCCGUUUUACUUGGAUCAGGUGUCCAGGUAUUCUUCAUGACACUCGUUACUCUGGCAUUUGCCUGCUUGGGAUUCCUUUCGCCAGCAAAUCGAGGGGCUCUCAUGACCUGUGCUAUGGUGCUCUUUGUACUCUUAGGAACACCCGCGGGAUACGUGUCAUCGCGAAUUUACAAGAGUUUCGGUGGAAUCAAGUGGAAAAGCAAUGUUAUGCUCACGUCCAUGCUGAGCCCCGGCUUGGUGUUUAGUUUGUUCUUCAUAAUGAAUUUAGUAUUGUGGGGUAAGGGGAGUUCAGGGGCUGUACCAUUUAGUACCCUAAUUGCACUCCUGGCCCUCUGGUUUGGUGUCUCCGUGCCAUUGACUUUUGUUGGAGCAUACUUUGGCUUCCGGAAGCGUUCACUUGAGCACCCCGUGAGAACCAAUCAGAUCCCACGUCAAAUUCCCGAUCAGUCCAUCUAUACGCAACCAAUUCCGGGAAUUAUUAUGGGUGGUGUCCUACCAUUUGGAUGCAUUUUCAUUCAGCUCUUCUUCAUCCUCAACUCCAUAUGGUCCAGUCAAAUGUACUACAUGUUCGGUUUCCUCUUUCUUGUCUUCAUCAUCCUCGUGAUCACGUGCUCCGAAACAACAAUUCUUCUCUGCUACUUCCACCUCUGUGCAGUCAUCUACUGCUGCCAUUAUUUUGCAACAAAACUCUCCAUUGAGGAUGCCGCUUCGACUUUCCUCUACUUUGGCUACACCUCCAUCAUGGUAUUUCUCUUUUUCCUUCUCACUGGCUCAAUAGGAUUUUUUGCGUGCUUCUGGUUUAUCCGAAAGAUUUACAGUGUCGUCAAAGUAGAUUAAGUUUAGUACGCAAAUUGCAAUCAUUCAGAGAUGUCUCUAUAAAAUGCAAAACAAAGAUAAUGAAAAAAAAAACUACUUAUUUGUGAUUAUUGUAAAUUAUUCACCUAUUUUUGUCGCCUCUGGACACACUUCCUUUCACCCGUUUGUGUAUAAAUUGAGAAUAUCGUGAGCCAACUAAAUGAGUAAAAAAAAUGCAUAUAAUUAAGAUAAUUUAAAUGUAUAAUGUAUAAUUUUAAUAUUUUUGGUCAACACAGAUUAUAAUAUUCUGUUUGAAGGUUUGAUUUGUUUUAAUCAUAAGAAGAGAAUAUUGGAAUUCUCUUAAAGAAAUAUAUAUUUUGCAUUGAGAAAAUUAUUAAAAUUUUUGUGUAUGAAUGCAAAAAUUCUUAUUGUUUCCUGGCGCACACUAAAGAUACAAAAAUCAUACAAAAAAUAUUUGUUUAUUUGAAAGUAUUAGAAAUUAAUAAUCGUAAUCAUGUAGCGAAAUAAAUAUAUCUCUGAUACAAAAUUAACAA